AUGAAUGAGCAGUGCCCCUCGGGUGAUGGUUUUGGUUCAGUCAAACACAAUGCUGAUUUGAGUAAUUUAACUUUUGAUCCAGCCACACUGGAGGAUGUAUGCGUGCACAAGGUAUACGACUCAAUUGCCGAAGAAUUCAGCUCUACACGACAUUCGCCCUGGCCUGGAGUUGUUGAAUUUCUCCAAACAUUUUCAUCGGGUGCAUUUGGUGCAGACAUUGGCUGUGGGAAUGGGAAAUAUUUACUGGCUGCGAUGGAACGUCUCUCCGCACCAUCAACUAAUCAAACUAACGUUGUGCGAUUAGCUCCAAUUUUGGCGCUCGACCGAAGUGUUCGCCUUUCCCAGAUUGUUCGUGAGCGGGGUUUCGACGUGGUUGUUGGUGAUAUCCUUCGUCUUCCCUACCUGGCCGCUCGAUUGGAUUUCUUUCUUUGCAUCGCAGUCAUCCAUCACCUGUCCACUGCUGAGCGGCGGUUGAAUGCGAUCCGCGAAUUGGCCCGGCUACUUCGUCCCGGUGGCAAAGGCCUCAUUCAGGUCUGGGCUAAAGAACAACGGGAUCCCACUAACGCAGAACCUGCACCGUAUCUACGCAAGAACAAACAGCGAGUCGCGGUUGGUGAUCAACCGCAAAUAACUGCCGAACCGGUUCAGAACGUGUGUUUACCCGUGCAUGUCUCGGGCACGGAGUUUGCUUCUUCUGACAUGCUUGUGCCUUGGAAACGAAAAACAACCAAAACAACCCCAGGUACGUUAAUUUUAUACACCCAGGUUCAAUCAGUGAUCAACCCUGAAUUGAUGAACGAAACCCUCGAUAACCACUGGAUCCGAUAA